AUGGCGCCGCGCUCGGGCUGCACAGGAAAGGGACAGGACGCGGAAGCCGCGCGCCGAGGUUCCGGGUCCUGCGCCUGCGCAGUUCCACCGAAGCGCGGCGGCGGCGGCGGGGAACUCAGCGGCCCCUGGCGGCCGGGGGCAGCCUCACGGCUCCGCUCCUGGGCUCCGCAUACAGCGCCACGAAAACCCCCUCGUGGGAGAUCCAGGGUCUCACUGCGGAGGACGCAGAGCCAGCUGGAAGCCGGACAGUGGCUGGGCGGCUCAGGGCUGGCUGGUCAGGACCUGCCCGUCCCCCGGAUCCCAGAAUGGGGUCACUGCCGAGGGUCUCUCCCGCAAGAAGAGGCGAGGUCUCAGGCGCCCUGCCAGAUGCUGGCAGCAGUGUGGAGGCCGGGGGAGCAGAGACCCCCCCAGGCGCAAACACGCCCCGAAUUAGGCCCUGGCGGCUGCCGCAAGCGUGGCGGAGCCCGACUAGCACAGGAGUCAGGAGAGCUUCCUGGAGGCGUCUUGUCCUGUCCCUGCUCAGCAAUGCCCCCGCAGGACGACCCCCCGCCCCCGCGCCCCGCCCCGACACCAGCACCAGAAGGCGAGCCCACGACGCGGGGCCCUGGCGUGCCCCUCUACGAGCCCCUCCCCUGAGGACACCUUUUCACCCGUCUUGCCCACUGCUCCCUCCCCAGGCUUGGUAGUUGCCCGCUUCAAGGGCCCUGGAGCCAGGACCACUACGGGCAGCUAGGCAGACCUCUCUUCACUUGGCUCUGCAGGGACGCGCCCCAGGUACCCUCCAACAGGGAUGGAAUAGAGAAAGCUGAGCGUGGAAGAAUUGAUGCUUCUGAACUGUGGUAUUG